UCAAUUGAUACACCGAAUCUGACCCCGCUAUAGAUAGGUACCUACCUGCCUAACCUAACCAUACCAAUACCAUAUAGAAAGCACUCGUGUUACAUUUGGUUACAUGAGAGAUGGUGUGUGGGACGUGUUUAUCUCGACCAGGAUGUAUGUCAGUGAUCAAGGUUUGCGCGGUUCGGCUUAUAGCUACUUACGAUAUCUUGCAUGGGCUUGACUUAUCAUACACUAACCUUUGUCAUAUCGCUAUCUAACGUGAAGCUUUCUGCAACCAUAACUGGAUUUGGAGUUCACCGAUAUGCUGAUAAACCUGUUGGAUCAUCUAUAGCCCGUACGGAUUAUCGUACUGUGAGGGACUACUUACAGGUAUAUAUAGCUUGGUAUCUCGAGAUGGAACUUGGAGUUGGAGUCUUAGAAUGUAGAAGUUCAUAUUCGCAAGCACCCGCAAACUAAGUCCAUUCUACAUUUAAACACGAGUGGCAUAAUCUGCUACAAAAAAACUCGCUAAUAUGGCACCCGCUACGAUCACAAUCGCCAACGGAGCAACAUGGCAGGAUGUAGCAGCCGAUCGCCAGCGACACAGGGAUGCGACUAUCGCAGAGAUCCGCCCGCCGGUGCCGGAACUACGCAAGGAAGAUAUACCUCUCAAUACUACCGGAAUCCCGAAGAAACUUCUGACAGAACAGGAAAUCCAAAUCACUAACGCAGAUGUUGAGGACCUCGUCAAGAAAAUAACCUCGGGGGAAUGGAGUUCGACCACAGUUACUAAUGCAUUUCUGCGACGUGCCGGCCUGGCACAAAAACUUACGAACAGCAUCACUGAAUUAUUACCGAAACGAGCCUUGGGAAAGGCAGCUAAGCUGGACGAGUAUCUCGCCGUUAACAAGAAGCCUAUUGGUCCACUUCAUGGCAUCCCAAUUAGUGUUAAGGAGCACAUCAGCAUUAAAGGUGAAGAUAUAAAUGCAGGAUUCGUAGGUUGGGUCGGUCAAGUUGCCGAGGAGGACGCCUUAAUCGUCCAGUAUCUGGAAAGUGCUGGGGCGGUAAUCUUCGCGAGAACUACUCAACCGCAGACGUUGAUGCAGAUUGAGACGGACUCUAACCUAUACGGCAUCACUGCGAAUCCUUACAACACUACCCUGAGUGCUGGCGGCUCAUCAGGCGGAGAAGGCGCGCUGAUUGGGAUCCGGGGUUCGAUUCUCGGAAUCGGAACGGAUAUUGGCGGGUCCAUCCGUGUCCCCGCAGCGAACAACGGGCUCUUCGGUUUCAAGCCCACCAGCCAGCGGCUUCCGUCAGCCGGAUGGGUCGCCGCCAUGGCUGGUGCCGAAUCCAUCCUUUCGACCACUGGUCCCAUAUCCACCAGCCUCGAGGGUCUCCGGGUCUUCACCAAGUCCAUUAUCGACCAGAAGCCCUGGCUCAGGCAGCCAGGCCUAGUCGGCUUGGACUGGAGAGACUCGGAGCAGUAUUACCCGGAUAGGAAAAUCAGAGUCGGUAUUAUUUACAACGAUGGCAUUGUGAGACCACACCCGCCUAUUCUAAGGGCCGUUAAUGAGUUGGUGGGAAAGCUACAGAAGAGCCCGAAUAUCGAAAUUGUGGAAUGGAAGCCGUGGAAACACGACUUGGCGUGGUCUAUUAUCGCAAAAUUGUACUUUGCCGACGGCGGCGCCGACGUUAAAGCCGCCGUGGACUCGUCCGGCGAGCCCUGGCGACCUCUAUCUAAAUUCAUAUUACACGAGAACCCGGACGUAACGCAGCACACCAUCGCAACUCUUUGGAAAGCCAUUUGCGAGCGCGACAACUAUCGUACUGCCUACGCGAAGCUCUUGAACGAAAACCCCGUCGACGUCAUUCUGUCGCCUGCGGGUCCCAGCGUCGCUUCCAAGCACGGCACCAGCCGUUACUGGGGCUAUACUUCGCAGUGGAAUCUGCUCGACUACCCAGCCAUCAUAUUCCCUGCCGCGGACGCAGUUGGGGACGCCGCACGCGAGAAGCCGUAUGAGUACCCUGAGGGGUACCAGCCCCUGAGCGAAAAGGAUAAGUAUAUCUAUGAUUUGUGGAAGGAGCACGGCGCGGAGGGGUAUAAGGAUGCGCCGAUUUCGUUGCAGCUUAUUGCACGGAGGUUUGACGAUGAGAAGCUAUUCAGGGCUGCGCAGAUCUUACUUGAGGAGGCGGGCUUGCCGGCUGCUGUUCCCGCGUAGAGGUGGGGUUCGGCCGAUUGUUUUCUGGUUUGAACUAUCCUAGGGUUUCCGUUUCCCCCUUUUCGUUUGGAGGCUAGGUCAUUGAGAGCUUGACGUUGUAGUAGAUAUAAGCAACGCGUAACUAUCUUAACUACAUGGUACGUCUAGGUAGCCUAGGGAUGCUGAUGCUUUUUUGGCCCUGACGAGAAUGGUUUAUUUACCUCCGACUUAGCAUAUAAUUUUGAAUCGGCACAUGAGGACUGCAGUCACACACACCUUGUGAUAGAAAGACCUUGUACAAGUUUUUCGUUUGGUAAAGUGAAAUCUUCUCACCCUGGAAGUUGUAAAAGCAGGGCAUGAGACGACAAUCCAAGUCCGUCUAGCUGCCACUUUAUUCUUGGCAAGUAGGUUUAUGGGUGCUUUCCCCCUUAUAAUCCGAGCUCGU